AUGGCAGAGUACAAGAGAAAAGAGACGAAUCUCAAUCCAGUUGUUCGUAUAAUGUUACGAGGUCUUUAUGACGAGGGCAGUCCUUGGCAUGUCUUGUUAGGAAUGCAUUAUAUCUUGAAGGCAAUAUGGCAGGACGUCCUGAUAUAUUACAAAUCGAAAAUCGCUAUUCCAUGCGAUAAUAGUGAAUUUUCUUUUGUAAAUUUCCUCGGCCAUUCUUCGGCCUUUAGAAGAGAUGGAAAACCGUUCGCCGAUUUAAGGUUUCCAGAAUCUCAGGACAUUAACAUCAACAUGAUGCCUUUUGUUAUGGCAAAAAGGUUCAAGGACACCAGGCUUCCCGAUUAUUUGAAGCAGUAUUUCGAGCAGAUCGUAGGUCCGUGUAUCGUGGAGAGUGAGCGGGGUAAAAUAGGAUACCUCACGAUCCACGAGUGCUUCGUGGAGAAGGGAACGUCGCAGAGAAGGCCGGGAAUACACACGGAGUCCCCCCGCGUUUUGAUGCUCAAAGGUGGCAAAGGGGAAUCAAAGGAAGAAUUCGAAGAAUGCCCGCUCAGUUGGGGAGGGGGCAUUGGAUCAAUCCAGUUGCAAGGUGGAAUUUACAUGGCUUCAAAUGUUGAAAAUUCGUGUAAAGUUUGGAAUUGCGAGAUACUGAAGCCUGAAGGUCGUAAUUCUCCAGAUGUUGUUGGUGAACAUGGUGACAUCGAGCACCUUCGUUCACUUCUUCCUGAAGAAUGUGAGACGAUGGAUGCGAACACAGUAUAUUGGAUGACAGAUCGUACGCCUCACGAAUCACUGCCGCUUAGCGAAGGGACCUAUAGGCAAUACUUUCGACUUAUCACCAGUCAGGUCUCAGGUUGGUUUGAAGAUCACUCCACGAAAAAUCCACUGGGAGUUGUCCCUGAUCCCAAAAUCACUAAAAUAAUCCGAGGUUCAAAGUUCGAUCCUGAUUCUUGCUUCAUUGUUGACACCGCCGCAGAAUAG